AUGCCCGCUGCUGAACGCUCCGUGCUGCCGCUGCCGCUGCUGCUCUUUCUGCCGUCGCUGCUCCUGAUUUCCUGCCUGGAUGAGGCGGUGGGAGCAGCGGAGGAGGGCGGCGGCCUGCCCUCCUCCUCACCCGGGGACAAUGGCCUCACCGUCGCAGUCGUCGGAGAGCAGUCCGCCACCGAACCCACCGCCCCGGGGAGGUUUCCCAGCACCACCGCGGUGAUAGAAGAGCCCGAGUUUGCCCUGAGGGUCCUGGUGAGGGACCUGGUGACCCGCCAGGCGCUGCCGGGGGCUUCAGUGGACGUUUACCUAAACCACACCCUGAGGAGCUCCGUCCGAACGGGGGAGAGGGGGGAGGUUCUGCUGUGGGUGGCGUACAGCCCAGGCCUCAGCCUUACUCUGCUGGGCAACAUGGAGGGCUACGUCCCCAGCCCCCUGCCCUGGAGCUCCAGCAAGAGACCCAUCUUCUCUGCUGUGACGUUGCUGCUGCUCCCUCACAGUCAGGGGAACAUCUGGCUGUACCAAGACUCCGUCCUCAUCACCGGGAAGUUACCUGACAGCUCAUCCCAACCCAAGGUCCAGUUCCCGAAGAGCCUCCUCACCAAGUCCGAUAACAGCAACGUCUCCUCGGUGACGGCUUACCUCACUGUUCCACAGCACCACCUAGCCAAAGACUGUGCCAACUGCACCCCCGGCCUCAUCAGCCAAAAAUCAUUGUUGAGAGGCAUCGAGCUGAAGGCGGUGGCAGCGGUGGAUAUCCUGCUGUACUCUGAAGGUGAGGAGCUCCAGGUUCGAGGGCCCAUUCACAUCAGCCUCCCCCUGGGACACAGCACCCGCCUGAGGGCCUCUGACACCGUGCCAGCCUGGGCCUUCAAUGUAAAGACAGGUGCCUGGGAGAAUCAGGGUCUGGGAAUAGUGAAAGCAGAAGGUAACGAGCUGGUUUGGACCUACACUGCUUCCCAUCUGGGAUACUGGAUCGCCGCCCCGAUUCCCUCGUCACACGGUUACCUGUGGCAUGGAAGCUCCUUUGAUUUCACAUCGUACCACGCCUACCUGAUGAUGGGAAUUAUGGGAGCGUCGCUGGCUCUUGUCAUCGGAUGUCUCUCCUUGUUGCUAUGUCACUGCGGGCGAGGUGCUUAUCGAGAGCCUAGGAGGAGAGCACGCUUUUCCAAACUCACAGUGGUGAAGAAAGACCAAACCACCUCCACCCACAUGGAGGAGGGUUUGCUGUUCCGUUCUGGCGACAACAGCCUGGCUUCCUGCAGUGUCCAGUGCGACCCCUCCCUCACACCGAGGCAUAAAGCCAACUACAACAUCUAUGUGGAGGAUCCAGGGGGCCGCCCGGGGGCCGCCCUGUACGAGAACAUCGCUCUGGAUCGGAUCAAAGGCUCCCAGCAGCCCUCUCACUACAUCAACAGUGACGAGGUGGCACGGAUUCGGGAGAAGUCGGAGCAGAACCGUUCCAACAUGAACUCUACAAACUUCUUUCAAGAUAAGCUGCUCCACAUGGCUAUCAUCCAGGCUCCGGAAAACUGCAAGUCGGCCACUUUCCCCCGCAACGACGCUCACUCAGAUCCUGAUAAAGACAACUACACCCAGACACUCCCCAAAGGUGGAAGCAGCCCCCAGCAGAGCAGCCAAGAUGACCCCCAGCCUCUUGAGACCCCUCCUCCAGGCGCUAUGUGGGGCCGCUACAAUAACCCGCUGGAGUCCUCCGUCUCCGUGCCUGGGACUCUGAACGAGGCGGCGGGUAUGGGGGGGCACGGGGGUCCCAGCGAGCUGCAGGGGAUUUCCGAGCGCACUUUGCUGGAGCUGACCCGGGGGAAGUCUCAAUCCCGCGCCUGGUUUGUCUCCUUGGAGGGGAAACCGGCCGCCACGGUGCGCCACUCCAUCAUCGAGCUACAGGGCCGCCUCCGCCCCCACAGCAGCAACGACACCAGCCUGGACUCGGGGGUGGACAUGAACGAGCACAAUGUCCGCGAGAUGGAGCGCGACAGGAGAUCCAUCCGGGCCUCCUCCCUGCCCUACCGCAGCCGGGGGGGGCGUUACAGCGAAGAGCAGGACCUGAGCAGCAGCGAGAGCGGGACCACCGCCACCUGCACCCCCGAGGACCCCUACCUCAGGAACAUUUUAGACGGGAGCAGCGGGGCCAUUCCGAAUAUCCCCGAGGAGCGAGACGGGAUGGAUACGUCCAGCGCUCAGGAGGACAGCGAGUCCAGAGGGACGCCCCCCCCACGCCGCCUGAGGAAGGUGAGAGAGAAGGGGAAGACGGAAAAGAGGAGCGCAAAGCACGUCCGCGAGGGGAGACCCCUGACCAAGAGAAGUUAGAGCAUGACAAACAUUAAAAAAAAAUGUCAUCAAUGCUUAAUUUAAAGGUCACCUAUUAUUCAAAAUCCACUUUUUCAUGUAUUUUAUACAUAAACAUGUGUCCCCUCUGUGUAAAGAGAUUCUGAACGGUUCAGGAAAAAAGAUUUGCUCACUUUUUGUCCUGAAUCUCCUCCUAGAGCACCAUUGAGUUCUUUGUAACCAAAUGUCUCUCAGAGGGGCGUGGGGAGGGGCUCCUUAUUUUCAUCUAAAGUAACAGACAGAGAAUCAGCACUUUGGAAACAGGGCUGAAACAGAGGGGAUUAUGGGUAAUGCUGCAAUGAUCUGUUUGGUGUUUCAGCCAAUCAGAGACAGGUUCUGUAUAGAUCUGAGACCUGUGAUAUAUUGAUGAAAAACAGUAUAAUAGGUGACCUUUAAAUGUCACAUUGAGCUGUUUUCAUCACAUGGCGUCUUUAAAAUGAGCUCUCGCAGGCAUUGUUGCCAAAGAAUGCAUAGCUCAAGAUAACAAGCAGGAUCAUGUUUAAUCGUAAUGCUGUUUUAGGAGUGUGUGCACCACCUUUCUCCUGAAUCUGAACAUCACCAGCGAGACUCUUCACAGCUAAAUGUCCGUGAGAACACCACAUCCCACCGUCUCCAGUCCCAGCGUUAAAGAGGGUGCCUUCUUGCUGCCUGUCAUCAUUAAAUAUGAUCACAUAGGGCACAGUAUUUGUCUAGAUUUAGUCAAAUCCGGUGAGUUUGCAGGAGGGACACAGUGCACUUAUCCUCACCAUAAAUGCCUGCUGUUAAUAAAUAAGAUACACUAGCUUACUGACAUUAUGUUGUCAUCAUUCGGCCUCAUUAUAUUGGAUUUCUUAAGAACUAUCUUCAACUUUCCACCUCUCACUGACUCCACUGGAUUCAUUGUGAAGCUGCCACUUUGAAGUUUUAACACCUGAUAUUUAAGGUUUUAGGCCACGAUAACUUUAGAAUGCAUGAAAAUGAAUGUUUCCUCGCGUGUAUGAAAAUAUUUUGUAACUAACUUACAGCUUUAUUCAUCAGCUGUUUGAUUACUUGGGGACUGAAUGAUACUGUUCAUUGUUUUGGAAAGAGACUCAGUGUUGUGCUGCCAACUGUAAGGGAUUAUAAAACAAAAAUACCCCAGGACUACGAUUAUCACAAUUUAUGAAUCACACCAGAAGCCCAGCAGAUUCAGACACUUUGAAAACAACAACUCUACACUUUACUCAAUUCAUUUGGUGCCUUGGAGUUUCCAGCAUGUAUUCCCAAACCUCUUAAUACUUUGUCCUAAAUAUAUAUACAUCCUGACCAUGGGGUUUUCUUUGGGUAUGACCGUAGAAAGAAAACGUUUUUUUAAAGGAUUUUUUGAAAUAAUAUUUUGUACAGUGAAUAACGGUUCAACAUUAAAACUACACGCUUUGUUAAAAGGACAAUUCUAACAACACAACUUUGACGUGUAACCUACUAACAACCAAUUUGUAUAAAGAAGGAUUUUACUUUAAAAAAGAAGUCUGCCAUUCUCAUCUGUCAGCUUUAGUUUUGAUUCCAAUAAAGCACACUACACUUUAAUAUGUGCCCUUUUGUUACACUGGCACAAAGAGCUACAUUUGUAGACUCUAUUACGGCAACAGCACAAUAUCUGAACACUGACACCGGUCAUCCAUGAUAAAGUUUGGCAAAACGUCACCACAAAGCGGUUUUACGAGCAAUAUUUACUUACCAUCAUUUGAAAAUCUAAAAUGGAACUCUUAACAGUUUUGCCAUAUUCAGUCUUCCGUAUAACUGUAAAAAUGUUCCCCGAUGAGUUCACUUUGUGUAUUAGGCUGGAUUCUGUAGCUACAUUCAUGUGUUCUUCUGUAUGUAUAUAGUAAAGCAACAUUUCAUGUUUUAUGUGGCUGUGAUUUCACUUGUUUUGUGCCGUUUUUCUUCCAUCUCAAAGUCUGAGAGGUGUGUUUCGGUGAAGGUUUUUAAACCAGUCAUCCAUAUGAUUUGUUUAAAGUUAGCCUAAAGACUCUUUUAACAGGGAGGGUACAACAAGCUUGAGCUUUGUGAUUUUUAAAUGUAGCAACAAGUGGAGCACUUAAUCAUUCAGUAUGCUUACAAAUGAAAAUAUGUUCUCCUGAUAGCCAUCAGCUUGAAAACACAGCACACAGUAGUUUGUGAACUCUUUGUGCUGAUGUACUGCCACUCCCGUUUUAAAGUGAUCUCGCUGAAUGUAUUUGUAUUGAUUUGAAUGUGUUCUCCAGUGUGCCCCUCUUGUGUCGACCCAUUGAACCUUGUGGGCUUUUGUUUCUUCCAAAAUGGGCACCUCUUGUGUUUACCUCUGUGAUUAUGGUAGUGUUAUUAGUAUUGCCUUUUUGUGCACUAAAUUAAUAAACUUACUUGAUACCAAACA